GGAGCCACACAGGCCAGGGCCAAGUUUUACAAGAAUUUCUUCAGUUCUCCUUCCAAGUCUCAGAAUUUUGCCUCUCUUUAUUAUAAACACAGAUCUUUCUAAAAUUUUCCCAGAAGUCAAAUCUGACCACUCUCAGUCGUCAUGGUUUGCCAGCUGUCCUCAACUUAAUCCAAGCUCCCGCUCCUAGCGGUCGAGGCCCUCCCUGGUUGGCUCCGUGACCCCUCUAGCUUCGUCCAUUCCUCCGAACACCUUACCUACAGGCAGUCGCCCACCGUGCCUCCCGUUGAACCUUUGCUCAGCUGUGCUUUCUGCUGGGGAUGUCUUCUCCUCCUCUGAACUACCUGACAAAUACCCGCACAUCUUUCAGAACUUGACUUAGGCAUCAUCUCUUUAGGGAACCUCUGACUGCCUCCUUCCAGUGAGUGCUCCGUGUUUUGUGCACCUCUGCUCCCCCAGUAGACUUUCACCUGCAAACCCUUAUGCAUCUAUUCCACCUUCUUCCCACGCAGACUGAGCACUGGCGGUGGCUGGGUUUCUCUCUGUCACCGUCAGGCUGUACUGGGCUGGACCCACCACAAACCAUAGUAAAUGUUGAAAGAAAGAAUGAAAGUACUAUUGGGGCCCUCACACUCUUUAGGGAGACCUGGUGCAUUGGAAUUGGAUGAACUUGGGUUGAGGUACAAACACUCUAAGAGCUGCCUGCUCAUGGGCAAGUAAUUGGAAUUCUGAGCCCAAUUUCCGCCACUCUGCCUACCCGCGGGAUUCUGCGAAAUAACCUGUGAGGUUUCUGGUAAAGUGCCUGGCUUCCUGCAGCAGCUCAAAUAUGUAUCACCCUGGCAUCCCAGAAGCAGAGGAGAAGAAAGUGUCCAGUUAGUGAGCAGAGGGAGUGUAAGGGGACCAGGAGCAGAAACCCCUGAGACCCCAGUGUGCUUGGGUUUCUAAAACAGGGCUGGCCACCUGCUCUGUCCUGAGCAAAGUCAAGUUAGGCGGAUGGGGGUGGGGUGAUGGAUCAUGGUCCCCCAAGGCCAAGCCCUCCCCAGGCUGCUGGAAUGGACCAGCCCCCAGUGACAUCACAAUCCUGAGUGGUUGCCAAGGCACUGCUGGAGGUGGGCCCUCCUUUCUCUCCACGGAGCUCUAGGAUGUGAUGUGAGAAAGGUGAGCAAGGAAGGCAGAUGGCUUCGAGGAACAGCCAGAGCCCCGUGCCCAUGGGCACGGCUCAGGGUGACCCUGGAGAGGCAGGAAUGCUGUCAGCUCCCGAUGCUGGCAUUCGGGACACAGGUUCAGCUACUCAGCUGAAGACGAAGCCCAAGUAUGUGCGCAAGAUCAAGGCGCUCGUUAUCGACCUGGGCUCGCAGUACUGCAAGUGUGGCUACGCAGGAGAGCCGAGGCCCACCUACUUCAUCUCCUCCACGGUGGGCAAGCACUACUCCGAGGCGGCUGAUGUGGGCGAUGCCCGCAAGGAAACCUACGUGGGCCAUGAGCUGCUCAACAUGGAGGCACCUCUGAAGCUGGUUAACCCUCUAAAAUGCGGCGUUGUGGUGGACUGGGACUGCGUCCAGAACAUCUGGGAGUACAUCUUCCACACCGCCAUGAAGAUCCCCCCGCAGGAGUAUGCUGUGCUGGUGUCCGACCCCCCGCUCAGCCCCAGCAGUAACCGGGAGAAGUAUGCGGAGCUCAUGUUCGAGACCUUCGGCAUCCCCGCCAUGCACGUGGCGUCCCAGUCGCUGCUGUCCAUCUACUCCUACGGCAAGACCACAGGGCUGGUGGUGGAGAGCGGGCACGGCGUCUCGCACGUGGUCCCCAUCUCAGAGGGCAACGUGCUGCCAGGCCUGACUGGCCGCGUCGACUACGCCGGGGGCGACCUCACCAACUACCUGCUGCAGCUGCUCAACGAGGCCAGCCACAAGUUCACCGACGACCACCUGCACAUCAUCGAGCACAUCAAGAAGACGUGCUGCUACUCGGCUUUGCUGCCGGAGAAAGAGCUUGGCCUGUCCCUGGAGGAGCUGCGCGUGGACUACGAGCUCCCGGACGGCAAGCUCAUCACCAUCGGCCGUGAGCGCGUGCAGUGCGCGGAGAUGCUCUUCCAGCCCAGCCUGGUGGGCAGCACCCAGCCCGGCCUCCCUGCGCUCACAGCGACGUGCCUGGGCUGCUGCCAGGGGGAAGGAUUCAAGGAGGAGAUGGCCGCCAACGUGCUGCUGUGUGGCGGCUGCACCAUGCUGGAUGGCUUUCCUGAGCGCUUCCAGAGGGAGCUGAGCCUCCUGUGUCCUGGUGACAGCCCCACUGUGGCUGCGGCCCCCGAGAGGAAGACGUCCGUGUGGACGGGAGGCUCCAUCCUGGCAUCCCUACAGGCGUUCCAGCAGCUCUGGGUCAGCAAGGAAGAGUUUGAGGAGCGGGGCAGUGUGGCCAUCUACACCAAGUGCUGAGCAGUGGCACCUGGACAGGCCAGGCCUUUGGGGACGACCUCAGGCCACUCUAUACAUUUACAGAAUUUCACAUAAAAUUUUA